AAGCGCGUGUAAACAUGUGGAGUAGAGAAGAGAAGACGCUUGAGUUGAGCAGCGAUGGGAGCUUGUUCCUGAUCAACUUAUAUAAGAAAAGAAAAGUUUUCUUUCCUUAUGUGUCGGAUACAAGAAGAAUGUAAUUUCCAACAGAAUGUGGUGCUAAUAAGUAUCUGGCGUGUUGGUUGAACUGUGUUGUGAAGUUAAAGUCUCAGAAUGAGCUCAGGAGUAACAGAGUAACAGUAAUGCUGCCUAUGCGACUAUUAAAUUAUGAGUGAUGAUGGCAGUAUGGCAUACCCGACCAUUAAUUUUACCUCUCCUUACACUACACAUCACCUCGCUCAUUCCUGAAGCCUCAUUUGGAGCAGACGUCAAGUGCUGGUGGCGUAGGGUUUCGUCUAACGGCCCCAACGUGUCUAUUGAGUGCCAAGCAAAUCCUCAGGAAUCUACGCUGGAGUGUAACUUGUGUCACCAGCAUGUGCUUUCCUUUAACCCAGCAGCACACUUCUCACAGACUGGGUGCAGCCACAUGAGUGCGAGCUUCAGUGCGCUUCUGGAGGUGCAUGAAAUGCAGAACACAAACUGCACAUUGCUCUGUCCAGAAAACACUACAGGACAAACACCUUUGACCUGUAUUGUACAAGAAGGCUAUCCUCCUCCGUACUGCUUAGUUCCAUUUCAUGACGAUAAGAGCAAUAUCCAUUGUAACUGGACAGGGUCACUUAACCCUUUAGUCCCUACCAACUUCACCCUGCACUGGAGAGAAUCUGCUGAAAAUGGGUACAAUGGCCAUAAAGACGUAGGGGAGAGUGACAGUGGCAUUAUUCCACGUGCCGAAUACCCAACUCAUGAAAACAUUAAAGUGUGGGUUUCUGCAGUAAACGCAUUAGGAGAACUCAGUUCAGAAAUCCUCGAAAUCAACACACAAAGUAUCAUCCAGCCAGCCACUCCUAUCAUCAUCACUCACAGUUCUGAACCCUUGGAGAUUUUGUGGGAUAUGCCUGAUGAAGCAGACCCCUUUGGAGAUUGGCAGUGUAAGGUCCAGUACAAAAAGCAGUGUGACCAGGACUGGACAGAGGUUGAAGACACUUACGAGGUGAGCUUUAUACUGGAAGACGCUGUGCCAUUCACCACAUACAGAUUCCGUGUUCGCUGUAGGCGUGCUUCUGACGAGAGUUCAGUGAUGAGUGAGUGGAGCCCAGAGUACACUGCUGAAACCCCUGUGGCAGCUCCAGUGGGAACGCUUGAUGUUUGGAGUGACUGUGAUUCUUCUUCAUAUGAAUCCAGCUGCACCGUCUUGUGGAAGGAGAUGCCCAAGCAGCAGGCAAGAGGCAACAUCAACAACUACGUGCUGACCAUGCAGCUGAGCAACGGCUCCGUGGUGAACAUAAACGGAUCAGUGCACACAUCUGCAGAGAUUUAUACGCAAUGUGAGCAGGGCACGAUUAGAAAAGAGCCACUCAACUUGGCUUCAGCUGCUCAGCAGAGAUAUCUGAGGUGUCCUCAGGAGCAGGAGCAAAGCUGUUUUCAUUACUGCCAUCUCAGCAUUCCAGUUAAGGAGGUGAAGUGCAUUGGAGUGACCGUCAACACAGCAGGGGGCGAGUCAAGUCCAGCACUCGUGGCAUUACCCAGAACUGGUCUGGUGCAACCAGCUGGGACAUUGGAGGUCAGAGGGAAGAGUCAGGAGCUAAAUGUAUCGUGGUCACCAUUCUCUGACAGCAUCCAGGAAUAUGUGGUACAGCAUAAACCAGUAGGACUACCUCACACCCCAUGCCUAAACUGGGUCAAGGUUCACAAAAACCAGACAUUUGUUACACUCAGAGGUCAAUUUUCAGAUUACACAGCUUACAACGUAUCUCUGUUUGCUAUUGUCAACAACGGCAGCUGUUUCAUCAAGUCUGCCCUUGCCUACACUGUUGAAGGAGUGCCUCCAAGUGUCACACAUUUCCAAGCUAUACCUACCUCACCAUUUAGUGUAAACCUGAAAUGGAUAACCAUUCCACUUAAUAUGAGCCGAGGACAUAUCAUGCAUUACCUUGUUGGCAUCAGUAAUGAUGUAGUUGAGUACAAAGUGAACAGUGAUCAGAGCAGUUUCCAGCUCUCUAAGCUGAAACCUGGUCAGCAGUAUGAAGUGUGGAUCAGCGCUAGGACUGUUGCUGGAGAGGGAAAUAGGACAUUUGCCUGUUUCACCACAGCUCCCUCUGAAAACAUUACCAAGAUUGUGAUGAUAGUUGGGGUGUCUAUCAUCGUUCUGGUCAUAAUCAUUGUCUUUGUGUGUUUAAAGUCCAAGAUAUCCAAAUGGAUCAACAUUCCGGACCCCAUCAACAGCAGCUCAUUUAAACAGCUGAGCAAUCAGUUCUGGCAAUCAUGGCCUAUUCCUUCAGCCCCCAUCGAGUAUGGUCUAACCAUCUCUCAGGUGGAGGUAGUUCCUGAGCUGGAAAUUCAUCAUGAACCUGAGGUGGAGCAGCCAGAGGAGCCCAGAGAACAAGACCAGAGCAGAGAAGAAGAGUUGCAAGGAUACGGGGAGUUGGAGCGGGACAAUUCCCUGCUACGUCGUCAGAAAGAAUACAGCCAAAUGAUUGACAGCAGUGAUGAGGACGGCAGAUCAUGCGAAGCAGAGGAGUGGAACGAGGAUUGGAACGAGGAGCCAUCUGGCUAUGAGAAACAUUUUAUGCCCUGCGUUGUGGUUGGAUGAUUCUUCACUUGUGCCUGGAAGAGUUUAUUAUUAUUAUUAUGGCCUGUCAUAGCUUUUUUGCUGUAUCCUUAAAAUGUGUUUUGGAUACACAUUAAUGUUGUCUUGAACAUGCAAAAUGUUUUGUGUCAAGCAUCAGGAUAACUGACUCGGGUACCAUUAACGUGCCAUUUCAUAUACAAAAGCUCAUGCACUUCAAUUGACUGUAUGUGUUGGAAGAAGGUUUGCAUAGACCUAUGACUUGUAAAGAUUUUGCACGUUUGUGAGAUGCCGAUGAAUUGUUCAAUAUUGGAUUAGGAGUGUUGUAUGGACCUCUCUGUUACAAGAUAGUGUGGAGAUGUACAAGUAAAUAUUUAGCAUAGUUUCUCAUACUUGUUCUGCAGAGAUUUGCAGCAAGUGACAGACUGAAUCCUAAUGCCUUUGAAAAUGACUUCAGUAUUUUCCAUAUGCAAUUUGUGAUUGUGAAGAUUCACAAAAAAAAAAAUUGAGUGUCAUAAUGUGUAUUUUAAAGAGUUUUUAUUUUCUCAAUGUACAAAUCCUUUUCAUGAAAAUAUUUCUUGAUAUAAUACUUGAUGAAAUAUUCAU